AGCUCAGGCCACAAAACUUUCCACCGGCCCCCCCCGAGGUGACAUUUCCGGAGGAUGCUGAGGCUGAGCUGAGCUGGGCUGCGGAGCUCCCCAGAGAGCAGGGACCAUGGAGCAGCUGCUUGCCCUGAGCACCGUCCUCUGCGCCGUCCUCCUCAUCCCCACCUGGGGAGCAGGUCUCACAGUGCGUCAGAGCCCAGCUGUCCUCCGAGCGUCCCUCGGCGAGACCGUGAACCUCAGCUGCUCCUUUGAGAACAGACCGGGCAGCGCGGUCAAUGUGAGGUGGACUAGAGCACCCGGAGUCAUACUGGAAUCUCACCAUCCCUUCUAUAAAGGACGGUUCAAGGUGUUCUUCCGGGAUCUGCUCCAGAAAGAGGAGGUCACGCUGACCCUGUCGGACCUGGAGAAGAGGGACUCUGGUCUCUAUCAGUGUCAGAUCAGCAUCCACCAGGGAGAGAGCGGGACAGGAGCGGGCACCGAGCUGCAGGUGAUGGGGAGAAACCAGAGUGACACAGGUAAAGAACCUGCCCCCGCAGGGUGCUGCGGCCGAGAGCUCCUGUAUCAGGUCGCCAUCGCCUUGGGGCUCCUUCUCAUCCUCGGCCUGGUGGCCACCCUCCUCCUAAAGAGACGCCGAGCGCCGCCCCCCUCGCAGCCCCGCCAGCGGCAGCCGAAGGGCCACGGCAGCCGGGGGGCCGAGGAGAGCGAGAGCGUGCAGUACUCAGAGAUUAAAAUCCAGACUCCAGGACGCAGGGAACACACCUCCAACCACACCCAGCGGCGCUGAGUCCCUCCGCACCCAGCACCACCUGAGUCCCUCACACUCACAGCCACGCCGCCAGGAGGGAAUUCCCCACAGGAGGAGACCCUCACAGGGUUUGAGGGAGAGCAGAAGAAAAUUAUGGGCGUGAAAGUCCAUGUGAACCCCAACAAAACCCAAGUAGCCCUCUCUACGGCAGGGAAUAAUCUACUAGGGCAUGGUCUGACCCUCAGGAAAUGCCUUCUCUGGGGCCUCCUGGGUAUAACUAUAUCAUGUCCCUGUGUGUUAUUUCCCUGUCCUCUCCGGAGUGAUUGCAACGCCUCCCUGUGGCGCGUGACCAGCUGGGGGUAAUUAACGCAGCGUCUGGUCCCUCUUCCUAACUGAGCACGAAGAGAAACGCUCGCCCAGCUCAGCAUGGUGUGGGCGGUGGAACUGGUCUGAGCGACAGGAACCUGAGCUCCCCGCAGUGUGUGACAGGGACGGGGACCAGGCCCAGGGAACCAGAAACAGGAAUCCAGACCCAGCCCUGGAGAAGGGGGAAGGAGACCUGCUCAUGGAGGACAGACGCUUCACCCAGGAACCCAGAGGAAGGGAUCCAUUAGGUGGGGACACGGGUGUGGCCCAGGAAACUGGAGCAGCAUUGCCAAUCCUCCAGGGUGACCGGGAGUCUGCAGGAAUUCAAGAUUAAUUUUUAAUUAAAGAUUAUGGCAUGUGAUGAAAUCUUCAGGAAUCCGUCCAAUUAAAAUUGGCAACCCUAAACCGGAGUGGCGGGGAGGGACCCAUUAUAUAGAGACAGACUUGGGCUGGGGAACCAGCUAGAAGAGCUGAUCCCUCUUACGGUGCCCCUCAAUGGUGGGGACUAGACUGGCCGAAACUUUUCAUCUAAACCAAUUUUAGGAGAAAAAUGCAGAUUCAGCAGUUUGCGAAUUCGUAUCCGGUCUGCUGAAUUGUUCCACGUCCAGCCCCUCCCCCAAGUUCUUAACAAGUCGAAGCAUUUCGUUUAGACACUUUCCAAACAAACCAUUUUGAUUUUUCAGCUUGAAACAAUUUUUUGUUUAAAAAUGUCCUUUGUGGCAGGAUGGGCAAAAGCUUCCUAAAAGUGGGGGGGCUGCUGGCAGCCAAACUGUGGCCCAGCCCCUGUGCCACCCCUUCUCCUCAAGGUCCUGCCCUCUCAAACCGCCCCUUUCCCUGAGGCCCCCCCUCAUGUCAUCUUUCUCCCUGAGCUCCCACUUCACGCCGCCCCUUGCCCCCAAAACACUGCCCCCCCUCUCCCUUCUCUUCCCCCUCAUCCAGUCGCUCACACUUAUGGCCAGUAAAAAGUGGUGGGCCCUGGUCUCCCCUGGAUGAGAGUGGGAGAGGAUGAAGAACUCCUUUCAAAUAUAACUCCCCCCCACCUCAAAAAAGCACAAUUUGCCAGCAACAGCAAAACACGCACCUCACCAACCCGGGCCAGUCACGCUGUGUUGUGUGUGACAUUCCCGGCCUGGGGCGGUUUAUGUCUUUGUGAAUGUGAACCCUGCAGGCCUGGGUGUUUCUCUGCGUAAUGUGACCUCAGUGCUCCUGAUGAGAGCCAUUGUUUGUAAAUGUUUCAGGAGCAGACAUAUUUAUCAUUCAUGGACAGACAGACAUUUCUUCAUAAUUAGAACUGGUCAAAAAUAGCUGGGGUGGGGAGGGUUAUGAAAACUGAAGAAGAAACCACUUCCCCCCCAUAUUCUUCAAACUUAUUUGCAAAUCUUUUGAAUUAUCAAACUUUUGUUUAGUUUUGGUGGGAAAAACUCCACGUUCGCUCUCAAGUGGGCAGAGAAAUCCAAAAUGUUUUUUUUAGAAAGGGAACUUUUUUCAAAUGAUCAAUGUAAUCCAAAGUGGCAUUUUUAGUUCAAAGGUUGCAUUGUGAGUGUAAAACCAUUCUGAACCAGCUCUAUUACUGAAUAACAAGAUGAGUUUAUUUUUCAUGCUGCAUUGUUUGGGCCAAGUUCCACGUGGUAAUUCAGUUUUUGCACCGCUCUUCUCUUCUUGCGUCUGCACCUCUCGUACGCUGUGGCCUUAAUCUUGGCCCUGGAAACACUUGCGUGCUGUCAUAAAUAUAAAGGGAAGGGUCAACAUCUUUAAAAUCCCUCCUGGCCAGAGGAAAAAUCCUUUCACCUGUAAAGGGUUAAGAAGCUAGGAUAACCUCGCUGACACCUGACCAAAAUGAACAAUGAGGAGACAAGAUACUUUCAAAAGCUGGGAAGAGGGAGAACAUCAAAGGGUCUGUGUCUGUCUGGGGGAUGUUUUUGCUGGGGACAGAACAGGAAUGGAGUCUUAAAACUUAGUAAGUAAUCAAGCUAGAUAUGUGUUAGAUUCUGAUUUCUUUAAAUGACUGAGAAAAGAAGUUGUGCUGAAUAGAAUGAAUAUUUCUGUCUGUGUGUCUUUUUUGUAACUUCAGGUUUUGCCUAGAGGGAUUCUCUAUGUUUUGAAUCUAAUUACCCUGUAAGGAAGGUAUUUACCAUCCUGAUUUUACAGAGGUGAUUCUUUUCUUUUUACUGUUUCUUCUAUUAAAAUGUUUCUUUUCAAGAA